AUGAUUUCGCCAAAAAGUGUCAUCAUCACGUUGCCUAAAGGGCUCCAAAAAUCACCAGUGAUUAGCCCGGUGCGUAAUAUUAUUAAGCCGACUGGAAAUUUAAAUUUUACGACUUCUAUUCUCGCCACAAAGUCCAAGGUUGACGCGAAAAACAUGCAGAAAAUUCAACACGAUUGUUAUGGUGAUAUCCAGGGUGAGCUGAUGAAAACAGAAAUAGACCGUAAAAAAGCAAAGCUUGAUGAGCUAGAAGAAACAGUAAGAACUUUGGUAGAAAAAAAUGAACUAAUCGCAGAAGAGUGUGACAGUCUGAGAGCGCAAAACGAAGCAUUACUUGCGGAGAAUCAAAGGCUGAAGGAAGGAGAUAAAAGCGUUAAUAAAACUGAUUCAGAUCGGUAUUGCUCAAUGUGCAUGGGUCGUGUCGGUUGUGUUGCACCCGCGCUGGGAUCAGCUGUAUCCCCCAUUAACCCUCUGCCGCAGGGUGGGGCAACUCAACUGGCACCGUCCCUAACACCGUCAGCAAAUAUUGACGCUUUACCUCCUCUGGAGGAACUCUUUGCCGACAUCCAAAGUGAUGGCUAUGUCGAACGACUCGAAGAACUUGCAGAAAGUCUUCUGCGAGAAGUUACCUCUGGCGUGGAAGCUCAUGCUCAGAGACCAAAUGAACAGGUCACCAUCAAGAAAGAUACCUUUGAAGAAUCUGAUGAUCCAAAAAAAAUGGUGGGGCCGGCAUCAAAAAAUGUGGAAGCCAGUCCAAUCUGUAGUAGCUUAAAUCUAUAUCCCAAAGAGUCAAACCCUUUCCCCGCUCAAUAUGUUGAUAAAUCAUCAAUAUCAGAAUUAUUCAAACGUGAAGUUAAAAUCAAGCAAGAACCCAUCAGCGAUGUCGACACUGUUUAUGGGACCUACGAUGAGGCUACUAAUUGUAUAACUAUCAUUUAUCCUGGAGAAGAUGAGGGUAUCAGAAUAGAUGAAUGUGUCCAAGAAGUCGGCAGUGAUGAAUCCGCUAAUUUAACGCCUAAUUAUUAUAACAAUGUUUCACCUGCUUACUCAAUAGCAGACUCUAUGUCACCCUCUAGCAUGCAUUCUGAUGAUUCUGAUGCUAAUUCUAUAAGAUUUCCAUCGAUAGAAUACAAGAUCAAAAGAUAA